AUGUCAGCACCGGCUCAGGGCCGUGACAGGAAAGGACUUGGGAAGUUGUUGAGCAGGGCCAAGACAGUCUUCAAAAGAUCCGAUGGCUCGAGACGUGCAUCAAAUGUGUUGGCAACAGACAGCCCUCAACCAACAUCAACAACACCGGCGCCGAGGCCAGCACCAGCGGAGCCAACGCAAAGAGCAAUACCGGAAGGGGCAACCAGGGUGUCACGAGCACAGAUCCAGGACGAAAGAGCACGCAGAUUAGGUGCCAGAUUCGGCAUCGAGUUCGAGCCCCAGGAGUGGGCUAACACUGAAGGAGAUGUGCUACGUAUCGACAAGGCACCACGCAUGCGCAUUCAUCGCCAGUGCCACAAGUGCCAGUCCGGUUUCGGCUCUGGCAACGAAUGCCCAAGCUGCAAGCAUAUGCGAUGCAAACAGUGUAUACGCAACCCACCAAAGCGAACAGAGGCGGAGAAGGAGGCCGCCAGGGCCAGAAAGGAAGAGCUGAUACGACAGCGCGUGGAGAACGCGCCAAUCAUUCCCAGCUACGACUAUUCACAUAUCACAGCUGAGAUCAUCCUCAAAAGACCGAGCCGAGCGACUAGUGGUGAUCUGGUAUUCAGGCCACCCAGGGUGCGGGUUCGCCGAAAUUGCCACGUUUGCAGCACCCUGAUCACGUCGGAUUCGAAACAGUUGAGAACAUGUGAUACGUGUGGCCACAAGCGCUGCGACGACUGCCCUCGUCACCCAGAUGCUCGGAAGAAGUAUCCGUAUGGGUACCCUCACGACGAGGCUGGCAACAAGUUUGCACCUACUCAUCGCUGCCAUGAGUGCCACGCCAAAUUCCCCAGCGGUACGGAAGAUGGAGCGCAAUGUGCAAAGUGUGCUCACGCAAAGUGCCCAAGCUGCCCGCGAGUCAAGCCGAGAAAGGUUGAUCCUCACCUCAACCCGGAGAAGAUGAAGGAGCUGCAAGCCCGCAUUGCGGGACUGAGCCUUGAUGAUUACUGA